AUGGCGGGCUGCUGCGCGGCGCUGGCCGCCUUCCUGUUCGAGUACGACACGCCGCGCAUCGUGCUCAUCCGCAGCCGUAAAGUGGGGCUCAUGAACCGGGCCGUGCAGGUGCUCAUCCUGGCCUACGUCAUCGGGUGGGUGUUUGUGUGGGAAAAAGGCUACCAGGAAAUGGACUCUGUGGUCAGCUCCGUUACUACCAAAGCCAAAGGCGUGACUGUAACCAACACUUCUACACUUGGAUUCCGGGUCUGGGAUGUGGCGGACUAUGUGAUUCCAGCUCAGGAGGAGAACUCCCUCUUCAUCAUGACCAACAUGAUCACCACCGUCAACCAGACCCAGGGCCUCUGUCCUGAGCUUCCAGAUAAGACCACUGUGUGUAAAUCUGAUGCCAACUGUGCUGCUGGCUCUUCAGGCACCCACAGCAACGGAAUUGCAACAGGAAGAUGCGUGCUGUUCAAUGAGACCGUGAAGACGUGCGAGGUGGCAGCGUGGUGUCCAGUGGAAGAUGACACACAUGUGCCUGAACCUGCUUUUUUAAAGGCUGCAGAAAACUUCACUCUUUUGGUUAAGAACAACAUCUGGUAUCCCAAAUUUAAUUUCAGCAAGAGGAAUAUUCUUCCCAACGUCACCACUACCUACCUCAAAUCGUGCAUUUAUGAUGCCAUAACAGAUCCAUUCUGCCCCAUAUUCCGUCUUGGCAAAAUAGUGGAGAAUGCAGGGCACAGCUUCCAGGACAUGGCCAUUGAGGGAGGUAUCAUGGGUAUCCAGAUCAACUGGGAUUGCAACCUGGACAGAACCGCCUCCCUCUGCUUGCCCAGGUACUCCUUCCGCCGCCUGGACACCCGGGAUGUGGACCACAAUGUGUCCCCUGGCUACAAUUUCAGGUUUGCCAAGUACUACAGUGACCCGACUGGCGCCGAGCACCGCACGCUCAUCAAGGCCUACGGCAUCCGCUUUGACAUCAUAGUGUUCGGAAAGGCUGGGAAAUUUGAUAUCAUUCCCACCAUGAUCAACAUUGGCUCGGGUUUGGCGCUCUUAGGGGUGGCGACAGUGCUGUGUGACGUCAUAGUCCUCUACUGCAUGAAGAAAAGAUACUACUACCGGGAGAAGAAAUACAAGUAUGUGGAGGAUUACGAGCAGGGGCUUGGCAGUGAGAUGGACCAGUGAUGCCUCCACACCUGGGCUCCCCAUGGCCCUCAUCAGAGCACAGCGAGGAGGGAGAAAAGGCUGCCAUUGUCACCCCAGAGAAAGUUCCAGAUUCUGAGUCCAUCUCCACUGCACAAGAACUUCAUGGUUGCCCAGCUGCUCCCGUGUUUUGUGUGUAGGGCGUGUGUAGUAAACCACCCUGCACAGUGGGUCACCUCAAUGUGGGGUUGUUGGGGCGACCUCUGGCCUAAGGGCUCUGGCCCUACUGCCGCUGCUGGGCAGGGCCUCCUUCAGGACCAGCCUUCCUCAGGGGCUCCAGUCUCCAGGCCACUGCGAGACCGGUCCAGCUGGGGCCCAGCAGCUCUGUUCAAGCACUUUAUAAGGGAAGGAAGGGCACCUGCGUGUGGUCACUGGCUCUUGGUCACCCGGUCCACUCUUCCUCCCCCCAAUCCAUACUGUCAUGGGACAGAGUUAGCACGUCUCCUUGAGAAGAGGCAUGUUGAGGUGAUCAAGGACCAAACAUUAAAACGAUUUUCUCAAUCUUUGUUCUCAUAGCAUGAACUAGAACUUUCCUCUCUUCCCUUUUACUUCGACCACUAAACCCAUUUGUUGUCACAGCUCACCGUGUUCAGAAAAAGCUUCCUGAAACAGUCUGUUGUUGGGGCUUUAGGCAUCUUCCCCGACUUCGACCUUCUCUUGAAGGCCUUGGCAUCUUGAUAUUUGUAAGGCUGUGUUCCUACAGAAUUUACAAGAUUUUGUCCUGUGGUGACUGUCUUUUUUUUUUUUUUUUAAUGUUUUUAUUUAUUUUUGAGACAGAGACAGAGCAUGAGCAGGGGAAGGGCAGAGAGAAAGGGAGACACAGAAUCUGAAGCAGGCUCUGAGCUGUCAGCACAGAGCCUGACGAGGGGCUCGAACUCACAAACCGUGAGAUCAUGCCCUGAGCUGAGGUCGGACAUUUAACCGGCUGAGCCAUCCAGGUGCCCCCGUGUGGUGACUAGUCUUACAUGUGCAUGUGUUUUUUUUACAUAAAACUGUGGUCCUGCACUAUGGGGGACACAAUUUUAAGUAAUAAGAACAUGGCUUAUCCUGUCCCCUCCCCAUUUGCUUUCCAGAAGUCUCCAACCACAAGCAGCACCACCUACACCUACCUUGUUUGAAAUGUUAAUGACGUUAUUUCUAGUUUCGCCUUCACAUGGACUUAAUUCUGCAUGGAGUCUUCAGGAUCUCCUUAAAGAAAGCUGCUUGCCCCUCCCCCCCCCCAUCACGAAUUCAUUUCCAAGUACUGAAGGGAACGUUUAUUUUAGAAGUGCCUGCUUCUGCUGCAUAAAACCUGGGCUUUUCUUGCUUUGGGGGCGGGGGGGGGGGGGGGAAGUUUACCGAACCCCUUUGAAUAAAAAGCUCUGGUUCGUGCUGCCUCUUUGAAAACAACGCCUGCCUGAACACAUGGAUCAAAUGGAAGUGGACGUUUUAGGGAUGGCUUCUCAUCUCGCAGGCUAAGAACGGAGUUUCUGGACUGGGGGCCACUUCUUUCGGCCUCAGCUCAGAUGGAACGCUACAGCCAGCUGGGGUGAAGGGUGGGGGAGGGAUUGCUUAUUUUACUCACCAGGCAUCUUGUAUUCAGCUAUAUUCCCACGUGCUGGCACUCCCUGGUGCUGCUGCUUCACCUUGCACGCCUGGAUGGACUUUCAGGAGUCUCAGGAACCCUUAAAACUCAGCAAAGGGAUGCACCUGUGUGCAUUGUGUUUAGCUUUCAUCAGAUUCUCAGUGGGGUCUUUGAAUAGGAACACCUGCUCUUAAAGACCCAUAUUCCAAUAAUCACAGUUCUGCAGCAAUAGAACAGGAAGUUUUCAGAACUUAUCUGCCAUCCCUUCAUGACAGAAAACCGAGGUUCAAAGCCAGUGAAGCAAUGCUCUGGGCUCACUUCAUGUUUGGAGUACAGGGAACCCCCAGCCUCUAGUCUGGAGGAAGCAUCAGUUCUGAAACAGUUUCCAGAUGCCACGAAAACCGGCAACUGUCCAGGUUCUGUAGAACGCUGAAUUUGCUGACAAAGAGCCUUCAGACAACAGACUUAAGUAAAUUUCUGAGCCUCAGUUUACAGGUGAUGAUCCAUAAAACGGGCUAAAUACCUACCUCGCGGGGUGAUGUGUCCUGUAACCUGCCUGUUCACAGGACAGUGUUCCGUGUGCAAUUAAUGCGGCUCCCAGAGCUGUUCAUCUGGUUCGUCUCCACUGGGAGAAUCUAGCCUGCUAGAGCAGUACUUCUCAGACUUUAGCGUGCACACGAGUCACCCGGGUAUCUUGUUUAAGUGGGGCCUGGGAAUUUGCAUUUCCAAAGCACUCUCAGGAGAUGCGGAUGCUCCUGGCCCGGGGACCACACUUUCAGUAGCGGGAUACUAGGAGAUGGUUAUACUGGGCAUGAAUAAUGUAAUGCUGAACACAUUAGCCCUGGCUUGGGCAUUUGAUCUCAUAGCCUAAGGAAGGAAAACACCCAUAAAGACGAUGUCCUAGAGACACCUGUAAACAACAACCAACAAAAAUAUCCCCCAAAGGCCCAGGCUUUGCACCAUUUUGCUGUUUAUUUCAAGUUUACAGAGAAGCUUAAACAUCUGUGGAAAAAACACCAAAGGCUUAUUUUUCUCUUAAGUUCAUGUACUUUUUAAGUGAUAAAUACACAGUAUUUAACUUUGUACACCUGAUAAAAGGAAAAUGCAUAGUAGAAAGGAUCAGGAAUAAAACAGAAGCAUCGGGCAUUAAAUCAAACACAGAAUAGAAAACUCAGCAGUCCCACAGAACUCGGCCCAUAAAGCUGUGAAGAGGAUGGGAACCGACGACCUGGAAACAUUCCCUAGCACCUUGGAAGCAAGUGGAGGUCAUGGUUCUUCCUCGCCCAGCAACGCAAAGCUCCCCUUUGGAAGAUGAGUGAGAGCAAUAGGUUGAGCCUGUGUGUCCAAAUGCUCAGGUAUUCGCCUCCUUGUUCCAAAAGGGCUUUUAGGAUGGGAGCCCUAACUCACAGGAAAGGCCAGACCCUGGGAAGCCAGCCUCUCCAGCCCCCAGAGCCAAUGAGGGGCUAGCUAAGGCUUUCUGCGAGCCCCUGGUAAGCCUGCGGAAGAGACAGGGGCUGUGAGCAAGGCAGAGGAAGAAGGAGCAAGAACUAGCACAAGGGCCCAGGUUGCUUAUACCAAAUUGGUCCCACGGAUGAGCCAGCAAUGGAAGAAACUGAUAGGGCAUCCUUUGGCUCACCUAGAAAAGCUGCCCGUGACAGCUUCUCCCCUUUCCUGACAGAGCCGGCUUCUGAAAAAUCAAUGUUUGUGCUCUGAGAGAAUGGUAGCUCUACACUUUAUGGUACGGCCCUCUGCUUAUACUUUCUGGGGGUAGUGAUUCCUUCCCACAGCUUUCUUUGGUGAUUCUUUGGAAAAAAAAAAAAAGCUAUGAAUAUGGGCCUCCCCCCCACCCACCCGCCUAAACAGCCGGCAUUACCCAUAGGAGGAAAUCCGACAUAGGGAGUUUCAUGGUGGAAGAAACAGUCUUGCCUGAUGCAGCUGUAUAAACACAGAAGUUCUAGAACGCAGAAGCUCCACAUGCUGCCCGCCCUCCCUGGGCAAGCCACUCGGCCAGGCCAGAGUCCACACAGACAGGCUGGGACCUAGGACAGGGUGACUUUAACUACCGCAAGGUGCUUACUGCAAACUAACCAGACCCCAUCUGCUCCCAGAAGGGGUGUUGCCCAUAUAUAUAAACAAGCGCAGGAAUGCAAGAGGAAGUACCAGGUUACAAAAAAGAAAGUAAGCAGGCCAGACAACCCUUCAUCUGAUGGGUGUCCUUUGCUCUUAGAAACCAGCAUUCCCUAAUUCUGUAUCGUUUGCAAGGUAUCAAGAAAAGUCUGGCUAAAUAAAUGACACUCAAGAGCUUACGAAGAUCUGUGGAAGCCAGUAACACUCAGGUUCCGUGAAUAAACCAGGCAAGGGCAGGAAGGCCUUGCUUCACUGUCUCUCUCCAAGAAGUCCUCCUACCAAUAAUGAUCAGACAGAAACUACAGAAAAGCAUGGCCUCUGGACCCAGUUACUGACGCUAUUUCCCCCAAGCCAGAGUCCACAAAGCACUGGGAAUUUCCCAGGGCAAAGGCCUUCUAGUUUUCCUCCCCCUUGAACUUCACACUCACCCGUGUCUGGCUCUGGAAAAAGUUGCACUUGAAUAGCAAUGAAAGUUCCCAGUAUUAGUUGGAAGUCAAAAAGGUAAACCUUUUCUCUCUGGACUUCUGGCUACAAAACAGAACUCCCUGUGCCAAGCCCUGGUCCUCGUGGACCCUGAGGACUGCUCUGGGUGUCAACAAUCUUCUCUAAAAGGGUGCCCCAGAGUGAUUGGGUAGAUCCUAAUAGAACUUUGCCUGUCAGGAUGAGAAUCAAAGUAUUUCAUAACUGGCCCCCCCGAAACUAAGUGUUUCACGGACUACAACAAUCAGCUAGUAUUUAAGAAAACAGAACCUUGGCGUCUCUAGAAUACACAAGUUACCAACAAGCUAAACUGCUAAUAUACAGGCAGAGGCUCUAACUGGGAUCUAACAUGCCUGAAGCCGGGGAACAUAUCCUGGAAGCUCGAAAUGACCCCUGAACUACUCUAGAGUUCAGUCUUGUUAGAGAAUUGAAAAUAUUUUGUUUACUCUUAAGCCAUGUAAUGUACAUGGAAGUGUAGGAUUUCACCCUGAAGUUUUUGUAAUUUAACAAGAGAUUUACCAGAGCUCAGUUAACUAUUUCAGAAACCUGCUGUGACCAUCAGUCCUUUAGGUGAACCCUUUCCCCCCUCCCCAAACAAGCACAGACUACCCUUCUGGGGGUGGAAAAUCCCCCUUUGUGAAGCAAUUAAGCUUCAAGCCCUUUCCCUUUUCCUGACUACAAUUCCACCCAUAAAAAAAUUUAAAGUCCUUCUUACAAAUAAGUUGCAUCGAAGCUCCCUGCAGCUACUGAGGGCUGGCCCUGCCCUGACUCCGUGAGUCCACAGUCCUGGAAGGUGCCAACUGGCUUGGAGGUUGGGGGUUUCAGGGUUUGUAGGAGGAAUCACACCCCCUCUUCCUCUCCCUUUCAAACGCAGCAACUAACUCUGUGGUCUCAGCCCACACCGCCAGAGUUUUCUGCCAGUUUUUCAUGAUUUUCAAACCCCACACAUUCACUUGGUAUAUCUGACAUGGUUCUGAGUUCACAAUGAAAGAUUUUUGGCAUAAAAACGUUUUAAAAAGCAAUUGUCCCAAAAUGCAUGUGGCUUUGGGUCUGCAACUCCUCACACCUGCCCGUUCAGCCAGCCAGCGGCCAAGGUCGAUGUCAUGGAGUCAAGUCUUUUUUUUUUUGUCCCCUUUAAAACAACAAAGGAAGGAAAAAAAAAAAAAAAAACAAA